AAGAUGGGAGGGGGAACAGGCGAGCAGCGACAAGCUGCGACAAGCGCGCGGCCGCGGGCCUCGUGUUGUUUGACUGCCGUUCGGGCAGAAGUGUGCAUUUCUUUUGCUUGGGUUUCAAGUGAACCUUGAAGCUCUUUCGGUCCACGAACGAAACAAUUUCAAGCAGCAGAAUGACUGACUCUGUAGAAGUUGCCAUUACUUCGGAAGCCAGUGGGCAACUGUGGUCUGUGAGUGUAUGGGAUACGGUAACCGGAUCUCAACUCAUGACUUACAAGGGUGGUGGUGUUUGUGGCAAUCAUGCUGUCGCACUUGUUGGCUCGGACUACAUCAUCGGGGCUGAGAAAACGAAGCCUCUGCUUCAUGUAUGGCCAGUAAACAGCUCGGAACCAUCUCACGACUUGCGUACUGUGUGUCCUGGUCUAAUUGGAGCCUUAGCUGUAAGCCCCAAUGGCAAAUUUAUUGUCGCAGGGAUUGGAGAGAAAAUUCAUGUUUGGCAGGUUGAGGCAGGCCGAUUGAUGGGUGUGGCAGCUCGCCAUUUUCAACCUAUCACAUGUAUUCGAUUCUUUGAAGACGGCAGCCAUUUUGUAUCAGCUGGUGAAGAUGGAAUGGUUUGUGUUUGGUCUCUCAAAUAUCUAACUGCCACUGAUAAUGGGCAUUUGGAAGCUAUUCACAGUUUUUCGGAUCAUUAUCUUGCAGUGAAAGAUGUUUAUGUGGGUAGUGGUGGUUCAAGAUCACGCAUAGUAUCAGUAUCAUUGGAUGGCUCAUGUAGAGUUUAUGACUUAAGUUCUGGAAAACUCUUGUUGUCACUUGUUGUUGACGGUGAAAAUCUGACAUCAGUGGUCGCAGAUGUUCUAGAAUCAUCACUGUUUCUGGGGUGCAAUUCUGGAGACAUAUUACAUGUCAGUUUAUGUGACAAACCACGUCAACUACAGUGUCACCUUACUGAGGAGGAAAAGGAAUCCGUUUUUAAAGGUCACACUAAAACAGUUACAGCACUUUCCUCAUCACAAGAUGCAUCAACUCUGCUCUCAGCAUCCGCUGAUGAAACUGUUCGGCUGUGGCACAUUGAAAGUAAACAGUCCCUACGGACCAUUCAGCAUAAAGGACAAGUCACCAAUGCCUUCCUUACAUUCCUGCCCUCUCAAAUAUUUGCUGAAAAGAUGAAACCAAAUAUUGUUAUGCAUCGUCUGCAGCGGGUGAAUGAUUCAGCUCACAGCUCUGAAUUAAGUGUGGAAAUUUCUGUUCUGAAUGAGUUAGUGUUUACUCCUAUGUUUGAGACUGAGGGUUAUAGUAUUUCUCAAGUUGACUUGAGCAAAGAUCCUUCUGCUACAUCAGAGGAGACAUCCUACCAUAAGAAACAAAUGAACCUAUUGCAGAAGAAAAAUCUGGAGUUGUUCAAGUUGGCAUCGGAGAAAAUCUUCAAUGGAGUCUGUGACAGUAGGAAAACAGAGUCUGUUCCUAGUCUUAUUGAUAUCAAUAAGUGUCUUCAAUUAGUAGCAUCUAAGAGCCUUGAUAUUUCACAGUCAGUCCAUAUGAAUAGUGAAGAUUCUCCAAUUGUUAGGAACCCAGAAUCUGAAGGGAAAUCUAGAAAAGCCAAGAAAAAGAAGAGGGCUCGUAUUGUGCAUGAUAUUAGUGAUUGAGCCUAUUUGUGUCUUGCUGUGUUAAGAAGUUAGCUGUGAUUUACUUCUUUAGCUCCCUUCAUUUCUUUUGUGUUUUAUAAGUAAUAUUGUUUCAGAUACAGUUUUUGUUUUGUAUUAAUGUGGAGUUGACCUGUAAAUGAAAAACCAAUAAGUGUAAAAUUUGGUUUGCUGCUGACAUUUGAAUGGCUCUCCUUUUCCUUUUAUUGUCUAUUGCCUUUUAAGUUUCUCCUUUGACCAGGAUUAACAGAAUGUGUUGAGUUCUCUUUAUCAAACUAUUUGCAAUUGCUCCUUAACUUUUGUUUCAGAAUUCUGUGUACUAAGCUGUGCGUAGAUCUGUAAAGUUUAUUACUUUUUUUAAAAAAUAAAUUGUUUGUUUCACCUUA